AUGCGCCCCGGGGGGCACGGUAAGAAGAGCCGAGCAGAGAGGCUGCCUCCUCUGUCUGUCUGUCCGCUCUGCUCCGCUCGCCUCUUUCUUUCUUCGCCGGCAAGAAGAAGAAGACGCGCUCCCUCCCCCUCCGUCGCCGGCCGACACGCCAUGGCCGCCGGCCGGUUUCUGCCGCUGGCGGGCCGCCGCAUCAUCGCGGCCCUGUCCCAGCCGUCCGCCCCCUCUUCCCGCGGAAUUUUCUUCCCUUCUACUGCGACCGCAGGCUUGAGGUCCCUCCAAACGAUCAUCGAAGCGAGCAGCAAUGUGUCAAAUGAGCGUCGCCAUGACCUGGAGGAUCACAAGACCGGCACCCCGCCGCGGCCAGCUUCGGUCCCUGCGGCAGCGGAGUCGAGCUUCAAGGUCAGAGACGCGUCGACCCUGAAGAUCUCUCCGAGGCACGACAUGGCGAUGAUCUUCACGUGCAAGGUCUGCGAGACGAGGUCCGUGAAGAUGGCCAGCCGGGACUCGUACGACAACGGGGUGGUGGUCGCCCGCUGUGGGGGCUGCAACAACCUGCACCUGAUGGCGGACAGGCUCGGCUGGUUUGGCCAGCCGGGGAGCAUCGAGGACUUCCUGGCGGAUCAGGGGCAGGACGUGAAGAAAGGCGACACGGAUACUCUCAGCUUCACCCUGGAGGACCUGGCCGGGUCUCAGGUCAAAUCCAAGGAACCUUCUGGUGAAAAUUAG